UCAAUAUUUUGCAUUCAGACGAGGCCGGUUGUAGUGCCUGCAAUAAUUCGAAUAUCUAUUCAGAUCUUGCUAUUUUUUUUCAUCAAAAAGCUAUCAAUAUGCGUGAAAUCGUCCAUGUCCAAGCAGGCCAGUGUGGCAACCAAAUCGGAGCUAAGUUCUGGGAGGUGAUCUCUGAUGAACACGGCAUCGACCCUACCGGUACCUACCAUGGCGACUCUGAUCUCCAACUCGAACGCAUCAACGUCUACUUCAACGAGGCUACCGGUGGAAAGUACGUACCAAGGGCCGUACUCGUCGACCUCGAGCCAGGCACCAUGGACUCGGUACGGUCAGGUCCAUUCGGUCAGAUCUUCAGACCAGACAACUUCGUCUUUGGUCAGAGUGGCGCAGGGAACAACUGGGCCAAGGGUCACUACACAGAGGGCGCAGAACUGGUUGAUUCGGUCUUAGACGUCGUGAGGAAAGAGGCUGAAAGCUGUGAUUGUCUUCAGGGAUUUCAACUGACACAUUCCUUAGGAGGCGGUACUGGCUCUGGUAUGGGGACCCUCCUCAUAAGUAAGAUCCGUGAGGAGUAUCCGGAUCGGAUCAUGACGACCUUCAGCGUUGUCCCCUCACCAAAGGUGUCGGACACUGUCGUUGAACCUUACAACGCCACCUUAUCCGUCCAUCAGCUUGUCGAGAACACCGAUGAGACGUUCUGCAUCGACAACGAAGCCCUCUACGACAUAUGCUUCCGUACCCUGAAGCUCACCACACCCACCUAUGGUGAUCUAAAUCACCUUGUCUCUGCAACCAUGAGUGGCAUCACGACGUGUCUCAGGUUCCCUGGCCAGUUGAAUGCAGAUCUGCGGAAGCUAGCAGUCAACAUGGUGCCAUUUCCACGUCUGCAUUUCUUCAUACCUGGCUUUGCCCCAUUAACUAGUCGUGGUAGCCAGCAGUAUCGAGCUUUGACAGUUCCUGAACUGACCCAGCAGAUGUUCGAUGCCAAAAACAUGAUGGCUGCUUGUGAUCCUCGACAUGGUCGAUACCUUACCGUCGCCGCCAUGUUCCGAGGGCGUAUGUCCAUGAAGGAGGUCGAUGAACAGAUGCUCAACGUACAGAACAAGAACAGCAGCUACUUCGUCGAAUGGAUCCCAAACAAUGUCAAGACUGCUGUCUGUGACAUCCCUCCAAGAGGUCUGAAGAUGUCUGCUACCUUCAUUGGCAACAGUACCGCCAUCCAGGAACUCUUCAAGCGCGUUUCAGAGCAGUUCACCGCUAUGUUCAGACGAAAGGCCUUCCUUCACUGGUAUACCGGUGAGGGUAUGGAUGAGAUGGAGUUCACUGAGGCUGAGAGCAACAUGAAUGACUUGGUGUCUGAGUAUCAGCAGUACCAGGACGCUACCGCUGAAGAAGAGGGUGAGUUCGAGGAGGAGGAAGAAGAUGAUCAGGAUCAAUUACAGACAUGAUAGGCGGCUCCCGAUUUUUAAAAGUUGGGGGCGGUACCAGAAUUAAAGUCACAAAACGGAUACUGCGAGGGAUAAAUCGGGAGUGGGGUUGACUACGGACACAUAAAAUUAUUUGUACUGGGAUUUAAACCCAGUCUUGACUAUCCUUGUAUUAUAAAUAAAUGGUCGUUGUUCUUCUAUGAUACAGAUCACGAUGACGCACUCGUUGCCACACUUUGGCUUCAAGGCAGGGUUGGUUACAUGCAUGAAGUUGCGAGUCACGUUGGAUUGAGUGCGCACCUUGGGGAUGGGUGUAGGGAAGGGAACAAUCUUUGAUGUUGUUAACAUUUG